AUGUGGGCACAGGCAAUGCAUUUACAGACAAACGAAAUGAUAAUAUACCCAGACAUCAAUGACAGUGUUUUAGAUAUGCCUGUAUAUUUUGAAAAUGACUUGGAAUGUGGAGAAGAACUAACUAUUGAAAACUGUUCACUAAGUGAUUUAAUAAUAAUAAACCCUACAGCAGAAGCUGAAAAUACAGAAACCGGUCUAAACAACGUCAGUCAGUCUGAUCAUGUUGGUGAAUCAAACUGUCCAUUAGGAAAUAACGAAGAAGAAUAUUCUGUGGCAGAAGUUAUAACUGAAACUAUACCGAAGAUGAAAAGAGAAAAAAUAAAGAUAAUAGAAAAUAAAAACUUUUUAGAAACUCCCAAGAAUAUUAGUUACGAUAAGAAGUACAAAAAAGUUUCCCCUGAAGCGCCUUUAAUAAUUUUAAAGAAGACUGCAAGACCGAGCAAAUAUUAUAAAGACGAUGAGGCUAUACUAAGAGACUUACUAGAUGAUAAUAUUUAA